CUUUCUUUCCCCUUCAGGUGUAUUCCAUGGACAGACGAUGAAUGGCACAUGCAUUACUUUCAUUUGCAACAGAAAUCCUAAUCUGGAGUGGUACUGUUAUUUGCUGAUUCUGGUUUGCCUUUUCACUUUAUUAACAGGAUUCCUAGGCAACAUACUUGCACUACGACAUUAUGUUUACUGCAUGAAGACAUGGACUACCAAUACCAUAUUUCUCUUUAAUUUGGCACUGUGUGACUUUACUUGGACUCUCAUGGCACCUUUUUCAGUAUAUUAUAAUAUCCAGAAGUUUGCUGUCUAUUUCAGUCAACUGUUUUAUCAGAUCAUAGAACUAUUUUUUAGUAUUAAUAUCUACGGAAGUGUGUAUUUCCUGACACUCAUCAGUUUUGACAGAUACAUAGGUGCUGUUCAUCCCAUCAGUUCAUUGACAUGGUGGGACAAAGAAAAGGCUGUGUUCUGCACCGUUGGGGUAUGGAUCUUCAUAGCAAUUGCAUCGCUGCCUGAGGUGUACUGCACAGUUGCAGCUAGAAGACAGCACGACAUCAUAAAUUACCUGGAUAGCACCCAACAACCACUACAAUUUGCCACGCCAUUCACAUUCUCCAAAAUUGUAUUGAGAUUCCUAAUUCCAGUCACAGUCAUCUUUACAUGCUAUAUGUUGACUCUGAGAGCAUUACUACAAUUCAGUAAACGUCAGCAAAGAAGGAACAGACUUGUUAGGCCUCUGUUACUGAUUUCAGCUGCGAUGAUUGUGUUCGCUGUUUCUGUCAUACCUUACCAUGUUAUGAUGAUGGUGAUACUAAUUUACAGAAUUAAUUGUCAACCACCCUGUGGGAAUAUAAGCACAUUAAGUGUCAUUUACAAAGUCACAAAGAUCACCUGCGGCAUCAACAGUUGCCUUGACCCAAUCAUUUUUACAAUCGCAAAUAAGACAUUCUGUCAAAGAAUUAGAAGUAUAAAAUGUCAUCCCAAAUGCCAGUACUCAUGUUGUCUGACAGGAAGGGUAAGGGACAUCAUUCUGUCCCUGAGAACAAUGACUUAAACACCAGUCUACAAAGAAUUGCAUCUCCAACUGCUCUUUCGGCUUUGUGUCACCAGACUCAUUUCAUAUUUGGUCUCCCAUAUAGUACAGAUAUCUCUUGAAUAAGCAAGAAUACACAGAAAUGUAGAGUAAGAUUUAACAUGACAAGAAACA